AGGAAGUGCUGAAGUUCACUUCAAAGUCUGCUGGCGCGCUGAACACAUAAUUUACAUUAAUAGUCAAAUCGAUGAAUUUCCUAAAAUAACAGCGUUUAAAUUAUACGUGUUUAAACCACAACAAUGUCUAAGUUCCUUCGAGCAGUUAAAAACAGCAUACCAGAAAAAGACAAAUCGGAAAUUACGGAGAAUGACUUGAGAAAAUGGGGGCUAGGCGUGUCUAUUAAUUUGAGGUCCUAUCAGCUAGAUGGAGUGAGAUGGCUCUCACAGUGUAUGAAGAAUCAGCAAGGAUGUAUUCUUGGUGAUGAAAUGGGUCUGGGAAAGACGUGCCAGACCAUCUCUCUGCUGGCAUACGCCAGAGGAUGCCUUCAAAUGCAUGGACCGUUCCUUGUGCUGUGCCCUUUGUCUGUUUUGGAGAACUGGAGACAAGAGUUAGAACGUUUCUGUCCCAGUCUCUCCGUGAUCUGUUACACUGGAGAUAAAGAGAGAAGGGCGGAGCUCCAGAAGGAACUCCGGAAUGACAGACACUUCCAUGUUCUUCUCACCACCUAUGAGAUGUGCCUGAAAGAUGCCAGCUACUUAAACAGUUGGAAAUGGAAGAUUUUAGUUGUAGAUGAGGCUCACAGGCUGAAGAACCAGCAGUCAUUGUUACACGAAACCCUCAAAAAGUUUACAGUUGGAUUUCGAGUGCUUCUGACAGGAACUCCCAUUCAGAACAACCUUCAAGAAGUCUAUUCUCUCCUCAAUUUCAUUCAGCCUAGUGUGUUUUCUCCUGACAAUGUUGAAGACUUUGUCACUGCCUAUGCAAACGUACAGACUGACUCUUCUUUAGCCAAUGAGCUUCAUGAAGUCCUCCAGCCCUUUCUGCUACGCAGGGUUAAGGCAGAGGUGGCGGCCGAACUGCCCAAGAAGACAGAACUUGUGGUUUUUCACGGGCUGUCUGCCCUUCAGAAGAGAUACUAUAAAGCUAUUCUGACGAGAGACAUUGAUGCCUUUAGGACCGAUCAAAGCAGUAAGACCCGACUGUUGAACAUUUUAAUGCAGCUUAGGAAAUGUGUGGAUCAUCCCUACUUGUUUGAUGGUGUGGAGCCUGAACCGUUUGAGAUGGGAGAGCAUUUAGUGGAGGCCAGUGGGAAGCUUUCUUUGCUGGACUCCAUGUUGGCGUACCUUCAGGAGGGGGGCCACCGGGUUCUUCUGUUCUCUCAGAUGACCAGGAUGCUGGAUAUUCUGCAAGAUUACUUGGAGUACAGAGGUUACAGUUAUGAGCGUCUGGAUGGCUCUGUCCGGGGAGAGGAAUGUAACCUAGCUAUUAAAAACUUCAGCACUAAAGAUGUGUUUAUAUUCCUCCUCAGUACCAAAGCUGGAGGGGUUGGAAUGAACCUUACAGCAGCAGACACUGUGAUCUUUGUGGACAGUGACUUUAACCCACAGAAUGACCUGCAGGCAGCAGCACGGGCCCACAGGAUUGGACAAACAAGGGCUGUUAAAGUCAUCCGCCUCCUUGGAAGAGAUACAGUUGAGGAGAUAAUUUAUUCUCGUGCUGUUUCUAAACUACGUCUCACAAACACAGUGAUUGAGGAGGGACGUUUUUCUCUGCUGGACCAGGCUCAGUCUGCAGCGGCUGGCCUUCAGUUGAGUGAGAUCCUGAAGUUUGGUGUGGAUAAGCUACUGUCAUCAGAGGAGAGCUCUAUUCAGGAUGUGGAUCUCAGGCAGAUUCUAGGAUUGUCCCGCAACGGACAAUGGGUUAUGGAUGAAGAGCAUGUCAUACCUAAUGAGAGUGAUGAAGAGGAAGAUUAUGAUGAUGAUAUAGAGGGGCAAAACCACAUGUACUUCUUUGAGGGGAGAGACUACUCUAAAGACCCCAGUGAAGAGGAUGAGAAGACCUUUGAACUGAUACUUGAAAAGCAGCUUGCUGAACUAGAUGAUGCUGGGAAAGAGGGCCGCUCUCUACGAAAUAAAGCUGGGGUGUCCCUUUCUGGGCCUCUAAUCGAGCCAGGGAGGAAGAGAAGGCCUCUUACCGAUGAAGAGUUAGAACAGAGACGUCAGAAGGGACAAGAGGCUGCUGCAAAGAGAGCGAAGCUACAGGAGGAGAGGAAGAGACAACAGGAAGAACUAAAUCAUAAAAAAAAAAUGGCUUGGUGGGACUCAUGUGGCUACAGAUCACUGUGCUUGCCCUGCGUCGACAGCGAGGGGGAAGAUAUGGAACCUGAUGAAGAUGAAGAUGUCAGCUUGAGCUCAACUGAUUCAGAUCAUUCAGCCAUUCGCUAUGUGCUGGGUGAUGUGACCCACCCUCAGGCUGAUCGAGAGGAUGCUAUCAUUGUGCACUGUGUUGAUGACUCUGGACACUGGGGAAGAGGAGGAUUGUUUACCGCUCUGGAGCUCAGAUCAGAUGAGCCGAGCAAGCAGUACGAGUUGGCUGGUGACAUGAAAGAUUUAGAGCUGGGGAAUGUUCUGCUUUUUCCUAUUGAUGACAAGCAGUCCAGAUUCAGCGGAAAAGACUAUCUGGCAUUAAUAGUUGCCCAGCAGAGAGAUAAAGCCAACAACCUAUCAGGCAUUCGACUCACCGCUUUGGAGGAGGCCCUCAAGAAGAUCUAUAGAUUUGCCAAACAAAAAAAGGCAAGUGUCCAUCUGCCUCGGAUUGGCCACUCCACUAAAGGCUUCAACUGGUACGGUACAGAGAGACUCAUACGAAAGCAUCUGGCCUCCAAAGGCAUCCCUACGUCAAUCUACUAUUACAGCCGAGCCUCCUCCACAAAAGCUUCCACUACAUCUACAACCUCUCCAUCUACCUCACAUUCAGCCUGUGCUCCGGUAGCAUCAUCACCUGCCGGGUCCCCACACUCCCACAGUCCUUCUGGUGACAGUAAAGGCUCAAAAAAGUCACCAGAGCUCUCGGUUACGUCCCAAAAAGGUCAUAGUGCACCGGGGUUGGCUGACUUUAUGAGAGGUGUCCAUGUCUACUUCUACAACAUGGCUGCUACAGAAAAGAAGAAGCUCGCCCGGUACUUGAUCACGUAUGACGGUGAUGAAGAGGAUCUCAUGAGCUCGCACGUUACUCACAUUGUAGGAGAGGUGGACAGCCCUUUUCAUGCACAGGAACUGCAAGAUGUAUUGCGUCAGUACCCUCAGGCUAUUCUUGUAAAGAAAAAGUGGUUGGAGUCUUGCUUUGCGAACCAAAGGAAAGUCAAUGCCUCUAAAUGUGUAAUUUCAUUAACUUGACAGAACUCUUCCUGCGUUUCUGCGUGUGACUGCACACAUCAAUUUGCCUCUGGUGAAUUCACUUUUAGUAUCUGUGUAGGCUUAAGAAAUGUACAAGUUCUUUAUUUAGUUGUGCCUGAUGACGUAAGUUCUGAAGGUACUGUAUAGCUAUUAUACAACACUGGGGUUUCUUAGCACUCUUUAGUGAUUGUCAAGUAAUAACUGUAGCAUUUACUCUCUCAAUAAACAAAUUGUAUCUGUGUAGCUUGAUUUUAUAUGCAAUGAUAAUGUUUUUUUCUAUGCAAUUUUUUUUUUUUUUAAAGUUUGUUUUAUUUAAUAUGAUUGUAAAUAUGCGUGGAAUAAAUAAAAUGUCCCAUGGGUUUCUGUCCCUUGACCAACAGAUGAGACCAUGUUCUAUGA